CUUCCCCUUUACGCUUCGUCCUCUCUCAUUCUCUUCUUCCUGUUGCCUUCUACGUUUCUGUGCGUUUUUAGACCCUAAUCUAUUUUCUCUCUCCCGUCUAUCGCCCCAUUCUUUGACCCUCCCCUGGCUUUUAUACUAUUUCGAGGGAAUCUCUUUAAAUUCCGUAUCUCACCUCUAAAAAUAUUAAGCUGUCUUAACUUUUGAUUUCUUUGGCUUAUCGAAAAUGAUGAUGUCAAUGCAAUACCCCAUCUGAAAUGCCACCCAGUGCGUCUCUGGACGCCUGAAGCAGCAGCACAUAGAUUUGGUAAAGGCAAUUUUCUGUUAUUUUCUCUAGUAUUGAAAGGGGGUACAGAGGGUGUGUAGCCCGCUGUGAUAUACGCCAAUACAGUCCUGUGGUCACUGGUCUUAACCAAUGAUUGAAUGGUCUUAACCUGAGAAUCAAUAGUUGAUCGACAGUCUGCUUUCAACGUCCAGCUCCACGGGGAGCUGUCACAGGAUGUUGCAAGAGGGACUCUCUCAUUGAAUUCACUCCUGGAGAAUAGUCAUGAUGGUGUCAGGGACCGGGUGGAUUCUCUUCUGCCUCGUUCUACUGGGGGAGAGAACAGGACGUGAGGUUGACUGUGGGGAACAGCAGUGCUCUCUGUCUCCAGCGGGGGAGCAUCACCCUGUGCAGGGGCUGUUGGAGCGAUUUGAGGCCGGCCCGGGCUGUGCAGCCAGAGAGAGCGGGGAGAAAGAGACCCAUGUGAUCGCUGUGGGGAGAGGGACACGCAGCCCUGACAAACAGGUGACUGUGCUCCUGAGACCCCUGUCUCUGUCUCACCCCCCCCGUCAAACCCUCAUCCUGGUACUGAGCUCCAAGCAACCAGUAUGCUGGUGGCUGGAGGCUGAGAGACUACCCCUGGAUCUGCCUGUGCUGGUGCAGGUCUCUCCUAACUCUACAGUGCAGCCCUACAGUCUGGCAGUGCAGGUGCAGCCUGUACCCUCUCUGCCUUUCCGUCCGCGGGCUUUGCUGCGAUGGGCAAUGCAUCGCCAUGGCUCCCUGUCCUCCCUCACACACACAGCCAGUGCCAACCGCGUCUACGUCCGUGUGGGCGAGGAUAUCACCAUGCCCAGCGUGUGCCAGCUGCAGUCUCUGUUCCUGUCACACAACUACCUGACCUCUGACCUGCAGCCACAGGAAGUACAGGGCUGUGCUCCAGUUGGCAGAGGCGACCCAGAAGUGCAUGUCAUCAAGCUCCUUUCAGCAGGGUCAGGGCUUUGUGGCUCUCUGCAGGUGGAGGUGACUAUUUCUCUGGUGCCCCCAGUGGCCAAUUCUGGGUGGCACAAAUUGGUGCUGAUCCUCAGUAGUGCCGUUCCAGUCAACUGGGCUCUCACAGUGCCAGGGCUCCGGGGACACAUCUCUGUCUAUUCCUCCAACAGCGUGUCCCCACUCUACCCUCCGGAGCCUGACCUGACACUGACUAGCAUGCUCACCUCUGACCUCUCUACCACCUAUGACCUUUUGAGCUGGGCCAAUCAGAGUGGCUUUCCCAAUGUGGCCUCAUACACAGAGGCUGACCUGGCCAAUCACUUUGUGAUCAGACUGGCUGGGGGAGGGACAGAAGGUGACCCCCCUGUGCGUAUGCUGGAUGGCAGGCCCCCUUGGGUCCAGGAGCGCAGGCUGAGACAGUGGCUGAGUGAGGGAGGUGGAAGGACCAGUGGGGGCUGGGAGGCCGUCAGUGUGCAGUGUCAGGAUGGACGACUCAAUGUGGCAGUGGACAGACACAUUCUGCAGACCCUGUCUCUCCCGGUGUCGGAGGUGACACUGCGGGAUCCUCAGUGCCUGGCCCAGUCCAACAGCAGCCAUUUCUUGUUGGCAUUCCCGGUCAUUUCCUGUGGGACUGAAGGGGUACUGCAGGGAGAGCCCAGAGGGGUACAGUACAAAAAUGCGGUGUUGCUAUGGAGAAAUAAGCCUCUGGUUGCCGUGGGCAAUGAGACAGACGAGGAGUCCACAGAGUGGACUCCACUGGUCAUACAUUUCAGCUGUUUUGCUGCAGUCCCCAGUGUCCCAAGCCUUCCUGUGGAGCAGCCCACUCUGCAGGGGCCAGGGCCUCUCCCAAGGGCCAGGGCCGGCCCACUGGUCUCACUGCAGCUGUUUGUUACAGAGGGCUAUGAGCAGAGGCAGACCGGUCCUUGUACCAUCACUGCUGACAACCGUGUCUAUGUGGAGCUUUCUGCCAAGGGGGCCCUCGGUGGGGGUGUGGAGGUGCGGUCCUGCAUGGUGUCUCCCCUAUCAGACCCCCGUGUGUCCCCUGGCUGGUCAGUCAUUAGAGACGGCUGCUCCGCUGACUCCUCACUGACACUCAGCAACAUGGCACAUGGCCAAGAGGACGAGGAGGAAGAGGAGGAAUAUUAUGAAGAAGAAGAGGAGGUACCUGGAGUCCUAUCAUUCAGGCAUCCAGGAAGGGCUUGGAGGAACAAAACAGGAUUGAGAAAAAGAGAACACGUUGGGAAGAGGGGACGAGGAGGACGAGCCAAAAGGAAGGAGAGCGAUGGAGGAAUGAGAGGAGAGGAGGACCAGAUACACAGACUGAGGUUCAGUUUUGUCCUUCGGCCCAUCUACAACAACUCUGUCCAGUUUCUGCACUGUUGCAUCUGUCUGUGUGGCCCUGAGUCAGUGACCCAGGGGCCUCCAACGGCCAUAAUACAGAGCGGCUGUCCAAAUCCCUGGGGCCUCCGUAUCCCUGCCCUCGUAUCUAAACUACCCAACCAACAGUGUGAGUACAGAAACCUCUCCAGACCCAUGCUGGUCUAUCAGCCCGUUGGUGUGGCCAGACAGCUGGCGCCACCUGCUGGUCAGAGAGGUCAAAUGCCCAGUGCGUCUCAGCUGCCCAAGCCUAUCCCAGCCCACAGCAGCUCUGGGGUAGACACAGGCUCAGUGUUGGGGAUUGUGUUUGUUGCUUUCCUUCUGGGCAUCAGCCUGAUGGGGGCGCUAUGGUGCAUCUACUCUCACACAGGUAACCACACGGGACAGUUCCUAAAGUCUAAUACCAAAAUACUGAGCUAUACCACCAUAUUCACAAAUACCCAGAGAACAUUCUAUACCUGCUGCUACUGUUGAUUAUCUGUCACUUUAUUUCUAGUUAUAUGUACAUAGUUACCUUAAUUACCUCGUAACCCUGCACAUCGACUUGGUACUGGUUACCCUUAUAUAAAGCCAUCGUUACUAAUUUUAUUAUUUCUCUAUUUUCUUUCUCUAUGCAUUGUUGGGAAGGGCCCGUAAGUAAGCAUUUCACUGUUAGUCUACACCUGUUAUUUUUUCGAAGCAUGUGACAAAUAACAUUUUAUUUUAUUUGACCUCGUGUGAGAAAAGAUACUAUGACAACUUUCUUAUUAUUUUUGAGAGAAAUGCUGGGUUUUUUCACCAUGAAUAAAUGUGAAACACUUGACAUGUGAUUGGUUGCAGGGGCUCCUCCACCAACCAGAAGAGGGGGCCUGAUCGAGAAUACUAACCCUGCCUUAUUAGACUCUUCCAACAGCUCUGUGUAGAGGUGAGAUG